AUGGCUGCUGCGCUCGACAGUCGCCGGCCCGUUGUGCCCAUGCCGCAGUGGUCGAACAUAAUCGGUUGCGCCAGGGCUGUUGUUGCAAUCCUGGUCCUCGCCUUUACUGCCGCUGCCACUGGCAUUUGGGGCGGCGCGCCAGGAUUUGGCAUUGCUCUGUUCACCGCUUCUGUCACACUUCUGGUCUUCGCCUAUUAUUUCGUCGCCUUGUCCCGCAGCCCUGCUCUAUACAACCGUUGGACCGUUCUUGUCCUCGAGAGUGCGGGAACCUUCCUCUGGCUGGUGAGCCUAGCGCUGCUAUCAGGCUGGUCCGCCCAUCACCGUGGAGGGCCGCCGAGUGGCUAUGGUUUUUGGCAUGCUCCAUUUGGACCUUCGGAUGUCGGACUGCAGAGCCAUCCGCGACGCAGCAACAGAAGAGCCGGGAUUGCAUUUGCAGGAACAGCUGCUGGACUCAGUGGUCUUGAAUUCGCGCUCUUUGCCGUCACCUUGGUCACCUUCGGAAUGGGUCUCCGUCGUCAAAGAAAGGAGGAGCUGAGCCAAAGGGCAGCCCCCACGACCAGCACAUCGUCGUCAACCGCGGUUCACCAGAAAGAGCAAGAGGGAAUAGCAGAUGAACAGAAGCCGGAACCGGUGGUUGUUUGA